UUCCAUUCCUGCCCCCUCCACCGUUUCUCUCAAAACUCGUUAACAUACAUACCCAACCCAUUUCCUCAGUUUUCAAAGAAGGUUCAAGCGAGCAAACAAGUAGCAAGAGAAGAAGAAAGAAACCAUAGAAAACAUAUGGCUUCCACUUCUGCAGUUUCAAUGGCUAUGCCACUAACUUAUGCCAGCCAGAAGAGGAUGGUGCCUAGCUCUGAUGCAUUCUUGAAGCCACAGCCUCUACGGUCUUCAAAGGCAGUGACAGUUUCAAAACCCAGUGAAAGGUUUCAAGUCAGGGCCUCCAUGAAGGAGAAAGUUGUGACAGGGCUCACAGCAGCUGCAUUGACAGCAUCACUGAUGGUUCCUGAUGUGGCUGAAGCUGCUGUUACGCCUUCUCUCAAGAACUUCUUGCUCAGCAUCGUGGCUGGUGGAGUUGUGCUUGCUGUCAUAGUCGGUGCCGUGAUCGGUGUUUCCAAUUUCGAUCCCGUCAAGCGAAGCUAGUGAAAUUCUGAGGCGCUGCUUAUUUUUACUUUUACCUUUUCCCCCUCCUAUCAUGAUAUGUAUCUGUAAUGCUAUUCAGUAAUGAACUGAACCCUCUGUUUUGUGUACUAAUAUUUGACUCUUGUGCUUCACUUAAGCAGAAGCUUUUCAAUUCUUAAAGUGUAAUUUCUUUUUGGCAUAUUAUAGAAACAGAUUAAUUA